UUUCCCAUAUUGGUUCUUAAAUUCUCAAAUACACAACCCUCUCUCUCUCUCUCUCUCAAAAUCCUUUUUUGGUCCUUUCUCUUUCACCCAUUGCUUUUCAGUACCUCCCUCACUCUCACACACACACACACACACACACACACACACAACUCCGUGGUUUCUCUAUGGCCAUGGUCAACUUAAAAUCUCCCUAAUUAUAUUCCUCCUUCUCCCAGCAACCAUCUUCCUUUCAUUUCUACCUCUCUAAAUUAUCUGAUUUCGUUCAUAUGGGUCCUUUCGACUCCGCCGCCUCUUCCGGCGGCAGCAGUAGCAGUAGCAGUGGCAGCUCUUCCUCAAGUACCGUCACCAAACCCCAAGACAUCGACGGCCUUCUCGCCGGCGCGGGCUACAGGGUCCGCUCCUCCGACCUCCACAACGUCGCUCAACGUCUUGAGCGUCUCGAAUCCGCUAUGGUCAACUCUUCCUCUGAGAUCUCUCAACUCGCUUCCGAUGCCGUCCACUACAACCCUUCCGACAUCGGUUCUUGGGUUGAUUCAAUCCUCUCGGAGUUGGACCAAACGGCUACUUUGCCGUCCGAUCUACCGGAUUUUCCCGAUCUCUUUUCGGUUUCUAAUCAGACGGAUGGGAGUGUCUCGUGGACAGAUCCUUGUGUUGCUGCGCAGCACCAGAACCUUGGCCAGCAUCAGCUAACCGUCGUGACCGCCAUGGAGGAAGAUUCCGGUAUUAAACUCGUCCACAUGCUAGUCACGUGUGCCGAUUCAAUCCACCGUGGUGAUUUCCCAUUGGCUGGUUCUCUGAUUGUCGAAAUGCAAAGUUUGCUGUCUGGCAUCAACACCGAAUGCGGCAUCGGUAAAGUCGCUGGUUACUUUAUUGACGCGCUAACUCGGCGCGUGUUCACACCCCAUGAUACCAUCACUUCCACCACCGGCUUCGAAGACGUCCUUCUCUAUCACCAUUAUUACGAAGCUUGCCCUUACCUUAAAUUCGCUCAUUUCACCGCUAAUCAAGCCAUUUUGGAAGCCUUCGACGGUCACGAUUGCGUCCACGUCAUCGAUUUCAAUCUAAUGCACGGUCUACAAUGGCCCGCAUUAAUCCAAGCCCUCGCCCUCCGUCCCGGCGGUCCUCCUCUUCUUCGUUUAACCGGCAUUGGCCCACCCUCUCCCGACGGCCGUGACUCGCUUCGAGAAAUCGGAUUGCGACUCGCUGAGUUGGCCCGUUCGGUUAACGUUCGUUUCGCCUUUCGCGGUGUGGCUGCGGCUAGGUUGGAAGAUGUUAAGCCGUGGAUGCUUCAGGUGAGUCCGAAGGAGACUGUGGCCGUGAACUCGGUUAUGCAGCUUCACCGAUUACUAGGGAACAACCAGUCGUCGUCCGCCAUGGAAAUGGUUCUCGGGUGGAUCCGGAGUUUGAAUCCGAAAAUCAUGACGGUGGUCGAACAAGAAGCGGACCACAACCAGACCGGGUUCUUGGAGCGGUUCACGGAGGCUUUGUUUUACUAUUCCACCAUGUUUGAUUCGCUUGAAGCCUGCUGUAUGAUGCCGGAGAAGGGUCUGGCGGAGAUGUAUCUACAGAGGGAAAUUUGCAACGUGGUGAGCUGCGAAGGAUCGGCUCGAGUGGAGCGCCAUGAGCCACUGGUUAAAUGGAGAUCUCGACUACGCCAAGCCGGUUUUAGAGCCCUCCAUUUAGGAUCCAACGCUUUCAAGCAAGCUAGCAUGCUUCUAACGCUCUUCUCCGCCGAAGGAUUCUCCAUCGAGGAGAACGAAGGGUGUUUGACCCUCGGCUGGCAUAGCCGACCUCUUAUCGCGGCUUCCGCUUGGCAAGCCGCGCCACCACCGGAUUCAAAUGCAAAUCAUCAUCCCUUUGGAGUAAUAGUAUAAAAUUACAAUAAUAAUGAUAUUAUUACUAUUACAAAUAAGUACCAUGUAUAAUUCUUUUUUUAUUUUUUCAUUAUAUUUUUUUCUUAUUUACUUUCAUCCAACCCUCCCAAAAAAAAAAAAAAAGGAACUAGCUCCAUCCAUCACAUUGCAUUAAAUUUUAAUAUAAAGAGUCAAUGAUAUCGACCUUCGAUCUAAUCUUCUCUUC